AUAAUUCUUGCUUAACAGUGCUGUCCUUCCUUAUCCCCUUUUAUAAUUUUCACUUCCAUUCCUACUUCUUUAAUUGAUUUCUCUGUAUCUCUCCUUGUUAUUCCUUGGUCUCGCCUGUCGCUUUCCAGCAUGCCUCUGGAAGCCCGUGUGAAAUCUGUCCUGUCCGGCGACACGGUGGUGCUGUCGCAUAUCACCAACCCAGGACAGGAACGCAUCCUUAGUCUGGCAUAUGUCUCAGCCCCAAGGCUGCGCAGAGAGGGCGAUGAGCCUUAUGGAUUCCACUCCCGUGAAUUCCUCCGUGAGCUCCUCGUCGGAAAAGUAGUACAAUUCCAAGUCCUCUACACCAUCCCUACCGGUGCCAAGCGCGAUUACGGUACCAUCAAGCUGCCGACCUUCGAUGUUUCGUUGCCCGACAUCAGCGUUCAGGAAGGAUGGACCCGCGUCCGCGAAGAAGCCGGCAAGCGCAACGACGAGUCCGAAGAAACAGUGGCGUACCUGGAACGGCUCCGUGCAUUGGAGGACCACGCCCAGACGGAGGGCAAGGGAACAUGGGCUGGGACAGAGAAGGGUCGCACAGAGACCACCUACGAGUUGUCUGACCCCAAGAGCCUGGUCAACGAAUGGAAGGACAAACACCUCGAGGGUAUCGUCGAGAGGGUCUUGAACGGCGACCGAUUGAUCGUUCGUCUGCUCCUCUCUCCAGAGGAACACUUGCAGGUUGUCGCUGCCAUGGCGGGCGUCCGUGCGCCAUCAGCCAAGCGGGUGACCGCUGAUGGAAAAGAGCAGCCUGCCGAGCCUUAUGGCGACGAGGCGUUCCAAUUCGUUGAGUCUAGAGUCCUGCAGCGGAAGGUUCAGGUAUCUCUCUUGGGCGUCACCCCGCAAGGUCAAUUGAUCGCAAGUGUUCUCCACCCGAACGGUAACGUUGCCAAGUUCCUGCUGGAAGCCGGCCUUGCCCGCUGCCAUGAUCACCACUCGGCCCUCCUUGGUGCCGAGAUGGCAGCCUUCCGCCGUUCAGAAAAAGUGGCCAAGGACGCCAGAGUCGGCCUGUUUACCGGUCUGGUUGCUCCCAAGGGUCCUGCAGGCGGGGCCGAAGAUUACAUUGUUAGCCGCGUGCUGAAUGCGGAUACCCUUUUCAUCCGCAACAAGGCCGGUCAAGAAAAGAAGAUCAGCCUCAGCAGUGUCAGACAACCCAAGCCGUCUGACCCUAAACAAGCCCCAUUUGCUGCCGAUGCUAAGGAGUUCGUGCGCAAGAAGAUCAUCGGUAAGCACGUCAAGGUUACCGUUAACGGCAAGAAGCCGGCUACGGAGGGCUACGAGGAGAGAGAUGUGGCCACGGUCGUCCAAGGCAACACCAACAUUGCUCUGGCCCUUGUUGAGGCGGGUUUCGCUUCCGUCAUCCGUCACCGCCAGGAUGAUGAGGACCGAUCCCCCGAAUACGACAACCUGAUGCUUGCUGAAGCCGAGGCCCAGGCAGAGGGCAAGGGCAUGUGGGCUGCUAAGCCCCCCAAGCCCAAACAAUACCAGGAUUACUCUGAAAGUGUUCAGAAGGCCAAGAUGGAGGUCUCCAUCCUCCAGCGUCAGAAGCGGGUACCCGCCAUUGUGGACUUCGUUAAGUCUGGAUCUCGCUUCACUGUCUUGGUUCCCCGCGAAAACGCCAAGUUGACUCUGGUCUUGUCGGGUAUCCGUGCUCCCCGUUCUGCCCGCAACCCGGGCGAGGCAUCCGAGCCCUUCGGUCAAGAGGCUCAUGACCUGGCCAACAAGCGUUGUAUGCAGCGUGACGUCGAGAUCGAUGUGGAGACCAUUGAUAAGGUUGGUGGAUUCAUCGGCACCCUGUAUGUGAACAAGGAGAACUUCACCAAGGUUCUUCUGGAGGAGGGUUUCGCUACCGUUCACCCUUAUUCCGCUGAACAGUCCGGCCACGCGACAGAGUACUUUGCUGCGGAGCAGAGGGCUAAGGAAGCCCGGAAGGGACUCUGGCACGACUGGGACCCUAGCAAGGAUGUUGUGGAGGAAGAAGAGGCUCCCGUGAGCAGCAACAGCGCCGAGGACGAGGCUGCCCAGCGCCGCAAGGACUACCGUGAUGUGAUUGUCACCUACGUCGACCCGACCAACGCACGCGUCAAGGUCCAGCAGAUUGGCACCGGCACCUCCGCGCUGACGGAGCUGAUGAGUGCCUUCCGUUCUUUCCACCUCAACAAGGCCAAUGACACCCCGCUGCCUGGGCCUCCCAAGGCUGGUGACUUUGUUGCGGCCAAGUUCACCGAGGACAACGACUGGUACCGUGCCAAGGUGCGUCGCAAUGACCGCGAGAACCAGCAGGCCGAGGUUGUGUACAUCGACUUCGGUAACUCGGAAGUCCUGCCCUGGUCCCGCCUUCGACCUCUCAGCCAGCCGCAGUUCUCUGUCCAGAAGCUUCGCGCCCAGGCGGCAGAUGCGGUGCUCUCCUUCGUCCAGUUCCCUGGCUCUGAAGACUACCUGCAGGAUGCCGUUGCCUUUGUUGAGGAGCAAGUCUACAACCGCGAGCUCGUUGCCAACGUUGACUACGUGUCCCCGGAGGGAACCUUGCACGUCACCUUGCUGGACCCUACCGAGUCCAAAAACCUGGACCACAGCAUCAAUGCCGACAUUGUGCGUGAAGGUCUGGCCAUGGUCCCCAGGAAGCUGAAAGGCUGGGAACGGGCUGCCAAGGAGACGCUGUCGCACCUUCGCACCGUGGAGGAGGAGGCGAAGCAGGAGCGUCGGGGUAUGUGGGAGUACGGCGACCUGACCGAGGAUUAAACCAGGGUUGUGCUCUAGUUGAGUUGUGGAGGGAGAUGCCUGUACUAUUAUCCACACGGUGCUUUAUGUUGAUUCCCAUGGACGAUGAAAUGAAUGGCUUUGGCAGCUCUCAUCUGACCUGCUAUAUUUAGUCUAGGAUAUUUGAAAUAUUUCUGAAUAAGGAUACCAAAAGUUGAG